CAGAAGUUUGACAAACAGAAUUGUUCGAAUAAAUCAGUGUGUUUCUGUAUGUGACGAGAUUGUUGCUAUUGUAAUCGGCAUAAAUACAUAAUCGAAGAACAAAAUGACCAAUUCAUCGAUUACGGAUCAGUCACUGAUGGACAAAUCAAUGAGGAGUGUCUUCGUGGGAAAUAUUCCGUACGAAGCUACAGAGGAGAAUCUGAAGGAUAUUUUUAGUGAAGUUGGGCCAGUACUUUCAUUCAAAUUAGUAUACGAUCGAGAAACAGGAAAACCCAAGGGCUAUGGCUUCUGUGAGUACAAGGACCAGGAGACGGCCCUGAGUGCAAUGAGGAACUUGAAUGGCUACGAAAUUGGUGGGAGAACCCUGAGGGUCGACAAUGCAUGCACAGAGAAGAGUCGUAUGGAGAUGCAGAGUCUUCUGCAGGGCCAAAAUACAGAUAAUCCUUAUGGUGAGGCUGUGCAGUCUGAUAAAGCUCCAGAGGCAAUCUCCAAGGCCGUAGCCUCUCUACCCCCUGAGCAGAUGUUUGAGUUGAUGAAGCAAAUGAAACUCUGUGUACAGAAUAACCCUAAUGAGGCGAGGCAGAUGCUUCUGCAGAAUCCACAGUUGGCCUAUGCUCUCCUGCAGGCUCAGGUUGUCAUGAGAAUUGUGGAUCCUCAUACUGCUGUUAGCAUGCUACACAAAGCCAAUCCCAUUCCAUCGACAGUGAAUGCAGUGGAGAAGACCCCGAUUCAUACACUUCCACCCAGAAUCGAGGAACCGUGGGCUACGGUCAGGCAUCCUCCGCCCUCCGCUCUGGGUGUCAACCCGCCUGCCCCUAUAGCUCCAAUUUUUUCAAGUCAAGAUGUGGAUUUGAGAACUUUAGACAGGCAGAUUGAUCCCAGAUUAGCUAGAAUGGACCAGGAUCUGAGGAGCCAGUCUCAGGCACCACCAAUUGCAGUAGCUCCCCCAGUACUACCCCCUGUAGUGGACCCACGAGUACCAGUUUUCAAUCCCCCUGACAAAUUUAUCCCCUUGAUUAGCACUCUUCCUGCGGAGGGAAUCGACAGUAGCUUUUGUCGAGAUCCAAGAGCAGAUCGAUUUGGUAGAGAUCCUCGUGAUCCCAGAGAACCCAGAAUGACAGUGGAUCCUAGGAUGAACAAGUCCACUCCUCCGGUCCCUCUGGCACCUCCUGCAGUACCUCGCCCAGUGGUGGCACCAGUAACAGCUUCACCCAAUGUCAACACAGUCAAUGCACCAACUUCAGGAACUGGACUUUCUGCAUCUAGUGCAGCUGCGUCAAGACUCAUGGCAGGCAUGUCACCUGCCGGAAACAUUCCCAGCGGAGCCUCUGACCAGGAGAAGGCUGCACUGAUAAUGCAAGUGCUUCAGCUGAAGGACGAGCAAAUUGCUAUGCUCCCCCCUGAACAGCGACAGAGCAUUCUGGUGUUGAAAGAGCAGAUUGCCAAAAGCACCCAAAGAUAAGUUUAAGCCUCAACAAUA